AUGAGCGGUGCUCCAAAGAGGUUGCACGAGGAGGGUAGCCACACCAUGCCAGCAAAACGGCCUUUGGAUGACAGCAGCUUGUAUUCGAGUCCUGGGAAAGUUAUUCAGUCUAGUGGCAGUGAUUUCCAUAGUUCUUUUGAACAUGAUGGUAGAUUUGCAAAAAUCCAACGUGUGGAGCCUCGUGAUGAUAAGAGGCCAUCCCUAACACACCGGAUGCCUGUUAGCUCCACCAACUUUGCUGACCACCCCAUCUCGUCUGACAGCAGAUCAGAAUCAAAGCAAAAUAAAGAUGCAAGGGACACUAAGACAGAUCAUCGUGAGACAAAAGCUGAUGCUAGGGAUGUCUAUAGUGAUUCAAGGAUUGAAAUUCAGGCUAAUAAAAUUCAGGGUGAUGUAAAGGUAGACAAUAGAGCGGAUGAAAGCGAAAUAAAGGCUGACAGGAGGGGCCAUCCUGAUUACAAAGGUGACAUCAAAUUUGACAAGGAUUGCCAUUCUACUGUUCCAGCAAACAUAGGCUGGAAGGACAACACGGAACAUAGGGUUAAAAGAUAUUUUGAACAGCCAGCUGAUAAUGUGGAUGGGCUUUUGACUUUGCCCCAUCCUAGUUUACAAGGUACUGAUGAAACUCUCAAAUUUCCAAUUUCUGUGGAAGAACGUACCUCCAAGGAUGCACAUGAAUCUGUUGGUGACAACAAAGCUGAACUACGAAGCGAAGAUAAAUUCAGAGACAAGGACCGGAAAAAGAAGGAUGAGAAGCAUAGGGACUUUGGUGCAAGAGAAGGUGAUAGAAAUGAUCGUCGGGCUGGUGUACAGCUCAGUGGUAGUGGUGUUGAGCGAAGAGAAAUGCAAAGGGAAGAUAGGGAUGCUGACAAAUGGGACAGGGAAAGAAAAGAUUCCCUGAGAGACAAGGAAGACAAUGAUAGGGGGAAGGAUUCUGCUUGGAAAGAUUCAUCUGUAGUAAUUGAGAAGGAUAACACUAUACUGGAAAAGGCUUCAUCUGCUGGAGCUGUUAAGAGUGCUGAGCAUGGGAAUACAGCAACAGAAUCCAAGGUGCCUAAGAAUGAUUUAUGGAAUGCUCAUGAUAGGGAUCUUAAGGACAAGAAAAGAGAGAAAGAUGUGGAUGCAGGGGACAGGUAUGAGCAAAGAAGAAUAUAUAAUGACAAGGAAUCAGAUGAUAAUGUCACCGAAGGAGGUAUGGAGAAAGAUAAAGAAGUUUCUGGAAGUUUCCAACGCAGGAGGGUGGUGCGACCGAGGGGAGGUAGUCAAGCAUCUCAGCGUGAACCUCGAUUUCGAUCCAGAAUGCGUGAUGGUGAAGGAUCCCAAGGUAAGUCUGAGGUGUCUGCCAUUGUUUACAAAGCUGGGGAGUGCAUGGAGGAGCUGCUGAAAUCAUGGACAGAGUUCAGUGCAACUCAGGAUGCUACAAACGCUGAAAGUCUACAGAAUGGUCCUACCCUUGAAAUUCGAAUACCUGCGGAAUUUGUUACUUCCACUAAUCGUCAAGUAAAGGGUGCUCAGCUUUGGGGAACAGAUAUUUAUACAAAUGAUUCAGAUCUUGUGGCUGUGCUAAUGCAUACUGGUUACUGCUCCCCUACGUCCCCCCCUCCACCAUCUGCCAUCCAAGAGCUUCGUGCAACUGUUCGAGUUCUACCACCACAAGAGAAUUAUACUUCAACAUUGAGCAACAAUGUGCGUUCACGUGCUUGGGGUGCUGGGAUUGGUUGUAGCUUUCGGAUAGAACGCUGCUGCAUUGUUAAGAAAGGUGGUGGCACCAUUGACCUCGAGCCGUGCCUUAGCCACACAUCAGCUGUGGAGCCUACUCUUGCUCCAGUUGUGGUUGAGCGUACAAUGACGACAAGAGCUGCAGCUUCCAAUGCUUUGCGUCAACAAAGAUUUGUCCGUGAAGUGACUAUACAGUAUAAUCUCUGCAAUGAGCCAUGGUUAAAAUACAGUAUAAGCAUUGUGGCAGACAAGGGAUUGAAAAAGUCUCUUUAUACUUCUGCUAGACUGAAGAAAGGAGAAGUCAUAUAUUUAGAGACACACUUCGAUAGGUACGAGCUGUGCUUCAGUGGAGAGAAGCCUCGUAUUGUUAGAUCAAGCUCCAAUGCAUCUGAAGCAGAAGCAGAGAAACACCAGAGCAGCAGUCACCACUCACAAAAUGGUGACAGACGCGUUGCGGAGCAUGAAACACGGGAUGUGUUCCGAUGGUCCCGUUGUAAGAAGGCCAUGCCUGAAAGUGCCAUGCGCUCCAUUGGUAUCCCGCUACCAGCAAACCAGCUUGAGGUGUUGCAGGAUAAUCUAGAAUGGGAGGACGUGCAGUGGUCGCAGACCGGCGUCUGGGUGGCUGGGAAGGAGCAUCCCCUCGCCCGAGUGCACUUCCUCUCGGCGAACUAG